CAUUUCUGUGUGUUAAUGGUGAUGUUUGCAGGCCUAAUCAGUCCACCCAUCUGCCAUGCCCGCUUCCAAGAGCCCAAGAAGCGUGUCCCCCUGUUCAUCCUAGGGGAUUCACUCUUUGAUCCUGGCAACAAUCUCUACUUGAACACCACCCCAGAAUCCUCGGCUUUCUGGCCAUAUGGAGAAACCUUCUUCAAGCGGGCUACUGGGAGAUUUUCUGAUGGUCGCCUAGUCCCGGAUUUUAUCGCUGAGUAUAUGAAUCUGCCAAUAAUACCUCCCUACUUACAACCCGGUCCGCAGCGAUUCAUUGAUGGGUCCAACUUUGCUUCAGCAGGAGCAGGUGUUCUACCUGAAACAAAUUUUGAAGUGAUAAGUCUUCCACAGCAGCUAAGGUAUUUUAAGGGUAUGGUCAAGGUCUUGAAGCAUCAGCUAGAUGAUGCGGAAGCCAAGAAGCUGCUUAAGAGAGCUGUUUACUUGUUUAGCAUCGGUGGCAAUGACUACUUACACUUCUACGAUGAAAACACUAAUGCUUCUCAAUCAGAGAAGAGAGAAUAUGUUGGAAUCGUUAUUGGAAAUUUGACGAUAGCCCUCAAAGAAAUAUAUGGACUUGGAGGUAGAAAGAUUGUAUUUCAGAAUGCAGGGCUUCUGGGUUGUUUACCCUCCUCGAGAUCCGGCACCAAAAAUGGUGCCUGCGCUGAAAAACCCUCGGCAUUGGCACGACUACACAACAUGGCUCUUGCCAAAGCCCUCAAGGAACUAGAGAGCAGCUUGCCAGGAUUCAAAUAUGCAAUUUUCGACUACUACAAAGCCAUUAGCCAAAGAACAGACAACCCUUCGAAAUAUGGUUUCAAGGAAGCAAAAACUGCAUGCUGUGGAAGUGGACCGUACCGGGCGAGUAACUGUGGAGGAGAAAGAGGAAGAAAAAAGUUUGAGCUGUGUAGGAUUCCUGGUGACUAUCUCUGGUUUGAUGGUGGACACGGCACUGAAAGGGCCAACCGGCAGUUGGCCGAGCUACUGUGGGGGGGAGGCCCUAGCAGCACAGCACCUCGCAAUCUGAAGCAACUGGUUGAACUUGAAAUUAUGUAGAAGAAGAUCUCAUCAUCAUAUACCCCAUAAAGCUAUCCCUACUAUUUUUAAUCCAGUACUAGUAGGCGUUUCUGAUUCAUGAUGCGCUGCAGAUGCAAUGCACAACACCUCAUGAUCUUAGGCCAUUUAUGUAAUGAAUGAUGCACUGCAGAUCAUUCUGUAUUAGAUUUCUCUGGUUCUUAUAUUUAGAAUGAUCAACUCUCUUACGA